ACGAGUUUUCAGAACAGUAGUCUUCAGUGGUCCUCAGUAGUCCUCGUGCUUGGUACAGUUGAUACCUGGAUUUUAACGUGUAAUUACAAAGUUCAUAGAAAAUUAUUUAGUAUAAAAAACUCGCAAACAUGUCCGACAACAAAAACGACAAAGCAAAAGUCGAUCUCGGAUUGCUCGAGGAAGACGAUGAAUUUGAGGAAUUUCCUGCGGAAGAUUGGACCGCAAAAGAUGAAGACGGUGAUGACAUCAGCGUAUGGGAGGAUAACUGGGACGACGAUGACGUUGAAGACGACUUCAAUCAACAAUUGAGAGCACAGCUAGAGAAACAGAAAGCUGCAAAUGAUACAACCAAGAAAAACUAAUUAUAUUGUAAUGUACAUUUAAUCUUAUUGCAUAUAAAUAAAUGUAAUUAAGUAUUAA